AUGGGCGUCGAGGAGGCGAAGACGCUCCUCGAGCGCGACGGGUACAAGAUGCUCGACGUGCGAGACUGGAAGUCGUACGACAAGGAGCACCUCACGAAGCCGCCGCAGUGCACGGCGAACGUCCCGCUCGGAGACGGCGACGACCUCGCGUCGUUCGUCGCUCGCGUGCGCGACGGCGGCUUCCGCGACGGCGCGAAGCUCCUCGUCGCGGACGCGGCCGGUCCCGGCGGCGUCGCCGCCGCGGACGCGCUCGCGGACGCGGGGUUCGCGAACGUCGUCGGCGUCGAGGGCGGGUACGACGGAUGGAGAGCCGUCUUCACGACGUGCGGCCGCCGGCGACCGCCGCAGGGGAAGUGGAUCAGCACGGGGAAGGGCGGGGAGAGCCUGAAGUCCGGGCUGACGUUGGACCCGAACGUCGCGAGCGCGUACGAGGAGAACUGGGGGAAGGCGCCGCCGGUGCACAACGUCGCCAAGGCGCGCGAGAAGCUCGCGGAGGAAGGGGGAGGCGGCGCGACGAGAGGAGGAGCGAGCGGCGAAGGCGACGACGCGAACGCCGCCUCCGCGGGUGAUGACGCGUCUCGCGACGCGACCCUCCAGGCUGCGGUCGAUGACCUCGCGGCGAAGCGCGCCAAGUUCGAGGGCGGCGUGAAGAGCUACCGCGGCGUGGAGGACGCGCUCGCGUCGUUGAGAGCGUCGGGGGCGGACGCGAACUCCGCGGACGCCGUCGCGUUGUUUCGCGAGCGCGACGCGUUGAACGCGUUUCUGACGCGCGGGAAGGAGGUCGUCGGCGAGGCGGAGGCUCUCGUGGAGCGUCUGCGCGCGAGCGAUGGCUGGUGA